AUGCCGGAGCCGGCUAAAUCGGUCCCGGUUUCCAAGAAGGGGUCCAAGAAAGCUGUAACAAAGACCCACAAAAAGGGUGACAAGAAGCGAAGGAAGGUCAGAAAAGAAAGUUAUUCGAUUUACGUAUAUAAAGUCCUGAAACAAGUUCACCCGGACACUGGCAUUUCUUCGAAGGCGAUGAGUAUUAUGAAUUCCUUUGUGAACGAUGUUUUCGAGCGUAUCGCUGGGGAAGCUACUCGCUUAGCACAUUACAACAAGCGUUCGACUAUCACUUCCCGAGAGAUUCAGACGGCAGUGCGGCUUCUGCUGCCGGGAGAACUAGCUAAGCACGCUGUGUCUGAGGGCACGAAGGCUGUGACCAAAUACACGAGCUCCAAGUGA